AUGUUGAAAGUUCUAAUUGCGAAUAUGAUAUACCCGUUUCGCAUUCGUAUCUCUGACUUCGCGCGUCCCGACCAAAUUGAUGAUUCCAAAGACGAACUAGAAAGGCCUUACACCUUACAGAAGCCUUACACUUUACAGAAGCCUUACACCUUACAGAAGCCUUACACUUUACAGAAGCCUUACACCUUACAGGAGCCUCACACUUUACAGAAGCCUUACACUUUACAGGAGCCUUACACUUUACAGAAGCCUUACACUUUACAGAAGCCUUACACUUUACAGAAGCCUUACACUUUACAGAAGCCUUACACUUCACAGGAUCCUACAUCUACCCACAUCUCCGGUGUCGGCGGCAUCCUUCCAGCCAAGUUUAUAUGUCGGGCGCUAACACUGUAUCUUAGAUGGCGGUAG